GUCAAAUAUCCACUUCUCUCUCCCCUAUCAAAAAGGAUCGACUCUAUUGCUUUUUCCCUUAUUUCUCCUUCUCUCUCCUUCCAUCCUCCUCUCUCUCUCUCUCUCUCCAUUCCCUCCCACUCUCACAUAUAUAACACAUCCUCUCUCUCUCUCUCUCUCUCUCCCUAAUAUAUUUCAAUCAAAUCAAUCUCUCAUCUCAACCCAGAACAGAACAAAGCCACUCAAUACCCAUCUCUCUCUCUCUAACAAUUAUGGGACGUUCCCCUUGCUGUGAGAAAGCUCACACCAACAAAGGUGCUUGGACCAAAGAAGAAGACGAGCGCCUCAUUAGCUACAUCCGUGCUCACGGCGAAGGCUGCUGGCGUUCCCUCCCUAAAUCCGCCGGAUUGCUUCGAUGUGGUAAGAGUUGCAGACUCCGGUGGAUAAACUACCUACGUCCCGACCUCAAAAGAGGAAAUUUCACUGAAGAAGAAGAUGAACUCAUCAUCAAGCUCCACAGUCUGCUUGGAAACAAAUGGUCUUUGAUUGCUGGAAGAUUGCCGGGAAGAACUGACAACGAGAUCAAGAACUACUGGAACACUCACAUCAAGCGCAAACUCAUCAGCCGCGGCCUCGAUCCCCAAACUCACCAUCCGCUCAACGCCGCCGCCUCCGCCGCUACCACUACCACCACCGCAACCGCCGCGGUGGCCAAUUCAUGCUUGGAAUUCAGAAAUGCCUCUCCACCGUCUCUACCAGUAGCGGACAUAGCUCUGAUGAAUCAUCAAACUAAAUUCAAAAUCCUAACCGACUCGGUCGAAGACAAUAAAUGCAACAGCGGCACAACCGAGGAGAGACAACCGGACGACAGUCUCGAACAGCCAAACCACCACCGACCGAUCAACCUCGACCUGUCGAUUGGACUCGUCCCGUUCCUGUCCGGGUCGACGACGACUCAGAGUUCGUCUGCGAACUCGGCCGAGUCGAAGCCGGGGGUGGAGAGUCCGUACGAGUUAAGGCCUGCGGCGGCGACGGCGGCGGCGGCGGCGACGGCGGUAUGUUUGUGUUGUCAGUUAGGGUUUCAGAGCGGUCAAUUGUGUAGUAAUUGUCAAGGAUCAAAUGGGUUUUUCAGAUUUUGCUGACCGUUGGAUGCAUAGACUUUUUAGGUUUUAGAUAUAAAUGUCGUACUUACUACCUUCGUCUACCAACAAAUCUAUAAGAAGAUGAAAGCAUCUCAUGUAAUACUAGUGAACAUUUAAUGGAACAAAUAUAUAUAUUUUUUUCCCCUUUUCUA